AUGUUUAGUAUAGUUUUGUGUAUUCUAUUAUGUUUUGUGUUUAAUUUCUGGUGGAAACGAAAGUGUUAUGAUCCUCAUGGCCCUCCAAUACAUCCUGGUGCGCUACCUAUCAUUGGAAAUGCCCAUCAAUUCCUUGGAGACGGUUUAAAAUUAUGGAAGUUUUUGAAAGAGCUUUCUUACUUUAGCCUGAAAUGCGGCGGAGUGUCUACUGUGUACUUGGGGCCGUUGCACCGUAUUUACAUUGUAACUGAUCCGGACGAUUGUCUGACAUUAUCCAACGCCUGCCUCGAUAAGCCGUUCAUUUACGAUAUCGUCAAGGAAUGGGCUAACAACGGGUUGAUUACCGCCGAUGUAUCAAUAUGGAAACCUCAUAGAAAACUUCUAAAUCCAAUGUUCAACCAGAAGAUACUGCAUGAAAAUUUAGAAAUAUUUAAUAGCCAAGCUAGGAGGCUGGUGGAACAAAUGUCAGUUGAAUUGGAAAAAGGGAAAUUUGCUACACACAAAUAUAUAGUUAGCAACAGUCAGGAGACCGUUUGCCAAAUCAUAUUAAACUUAACAAGUGAUACAUUUGAUGAUGUAAUUAAGGGUUACAGUAAAGCAACUCAAGAUUUACUCGAUGUUUUUAUUGCAAAAUCGCAAAAGUUAUGGUUACAUAUCCCUUUUAUCUUCAAAAGAAGCAGUUACAAGAAAAAGCUAGACAGAUCGAUUGAAAUAACCACCGCAAUUCUAAAUCGGGUAAUUCAAAAUCAGAAAGCUGAGCUAAAAAAAAGUAACUUUACAGUAAAUCCUAACAGAGCAGUAACAUUCUUGGACCUUAUGCUAACACUACAGGAAACCCAAGGCUCAUUUACAGAUGACGACAUCAGAGAACAUUUAGACCAACUUGCGUUUACUGCGUUUGACACUACUACAGAAACUUUGACAUUUGGCUUAAAAUUGAUUGGAUCAAAUGAACGUGUACAACAGCGAAUUUAUGAAGAGUUAAAAGAAGUCCUCGGAGAUACAAACGCAGACGUAAGCAGAUACGAUCUACCUCAAUUAGUAUAUUUAGAUGCUGUAGUUCGAGAAAUUUUGAGGACAUAUAGUACAGUACCUUUUGCUGCAAGGAAAAUUCUCAAGGAUAUUAAGUUAAAAAACUAUACUCUCCGUGCGAACAGUAUUGGGGCUAUUUCUGUUUUUGGUAUCCAUCGUCAUCCAAUAUGGGGGGCUGACGUUGAAGAGUUCAGACCAGAGCGGUGGUUGGAACCUUCUCUAGCUUUCAAUGACAACCCUAGUUUGUUUGCUGCAUUCAGUCUAGGGAAGAGAAAUUGCAUAGGAAAAUGGUACGCCAUGAUAUCAAUAAAGACAACUCUUGCUCACUUGCUGAGGCAUUACCGUCUUUACGCAGACGACAAGAAAAUGACGGUAAAAUUCGAUGUUUCAAUCCGAGCGAUCGCUGGACACGAAAUUAGUUUAGAAAGGAGAUAA